GCACUGCGCAGCCGCGGAGAGAGUCUUUGUCCACCCCAGUUCCCGCCCCAGGGCCAAGGGAGGCGGCGGUGACUCCGCACGCGGGACUGGGAGGCGAUGAGCGCUUCAGCCUCUGGCUGUCGUCGCCGGGCGCGAGUAUCCCGCCUCGUCUCCUUCAGCGCGACCCACCGGCUCCACAGCAAAUCUCUGAGUAAUGAAGAGAACUUGAAACUGUUUGGGAAAUGCAACAAUCCAAAUGGCCAUGGGCACAAUUAUAAAGUUGUGGUGACAGUACAUGGAGAGAUUGAUCCUGUUACGGGAAUGGUUAUAAAUUUGACCGACCUCAAAGGUUAUAUGGAGGAGGCAAUUAUGAAGCCCCUUGAUCAUAAGAACCUGGAUCUAGAUGUGCCGUAUUUCACAGAUGUUGUAAGCACGACAGAAAAUGUAGCCGUAUAUAUCUGGGAAAACCUUCAGAAAUUUCUUCCUGUGGGAAUUCUUUAUAAAGUAAAAGUAUAUGAAACUGACAAUAAUAUUGUAGUCUAUAAAGGAGAAUAGCCCAUAGGGGUUAAUAUUUUAGAAAGAUUUAAUUUCCAUAUUUAAGAAAUAGCUUUCUCCCCUUAGACUAUUAAUAAGUCAUCACAUAAUUAUUAUACCUCUACAUUGUGUUCUGGAGUGCUUGAUUUAUUGAAAACACUGUGAGUAAAACUUGUUUUAAAUUCAAAUCUAUUUUAAAACAAAAUUUGUAAUGUAUCCUGAGUAUCAUUUAAAGUAUCUUUUUUGAGAUUAAAAAUCACUUUAUUUCAGCAAAAUGUUUUGGUGUAGAACUAAUUGAAAACAAUAGCAAUCUAUUUUUGUUUUUUCAUUAUCUCAUUUUUAGUAUUCAUUUUUUUCUGAUAUAAUAAUAGAAAUAUUUAUAAAAAUUACAGUAGGUGAAUCUUAUAAAAAAUUAAAAUACAGGUGACCACAAAGUCUGGAAACAUAGACUACAUGUAUUUCUUAAUAGGUUGAGCUUCUUUGAUUACUUCUUCUAGGGUGUGCUCUAGGCAUAAGUUUCUUCAGGGAAAAUUAGAAACACAAAUCACCUGAGGCAGUGUUUGUAGAUGGAUGUGCAAGGAUUGAUGGAAAUGCUGCUUUAGUGCACAUUGCCCAUUGCAGUUUUGCUCAGCUUAUUAUUGAACAUGAAUUGCUAGUGAGAAAUAGCACAUUGAACAUGUCAUAGAAUAUCAGUCAACUACCAAUUAAGUAUAUUUGUGUAUGUUUCCAGACUUUAUGGCCACCUGAACAGUUUUAACUGAGAAGACUGAAGAAUAAUCACUUAUAUUAAACCAUGUUAAAAUAAUCAAUGUGAAAAGAAUCUUUUAUGCUGUAAAGCAUCUCUUGUAUACAGUUUUCUCUAUUCGAUUUCAUUUUGUUCUGAUCAUUAAACUUACUUGCUUAAGUUGAACUAUA